AUGGUGUCACACCCAGAUGAAAUAAGGAGUGAGUUUUUACAGGAGGACGGAAGAGUAGAGAUCCUGGAAGCAGCAUUAGAGGUGGAGAGGAUUCCUGACCCUCCUGACCUAAAGGAGCAGGGAUUCUACAGAGAAACUAGAGAACAAAACCAUCAGUUCUUAGCUUUUGAUAUUUCAAAAGCUAUGUUCAAUUCCAAACUUCCCAGCACAGAGCCCUCUUUCUGUGUGAGCGGCCCUGGGCGUCCCAGCCUGGCCCCGCCCCCGGGCGCCGCCCUGUGCCGUCACCGCACGGCGCCAGGCAGCGACCGUGAGGCAUCUGACACGGUGGAGGAAGGAAGAGGCGACACCUUCGACGGUAUGAACACCGACCGCCUUAAACUGGAGUUACUGGAAGAAAGGCACCUGAAGGAUACAGUGCAACUCUCAGUGCUUGAAAUAAGACACAAGAUAGCGGAACUGGAAGCCAAACUCAAUACUGACAAUGAAGGUGGUGAAUGGAAAACCCGUUAUGAGACACAACUUGAAUUGAAUGACCAACUAGAAAAGCAGAUUGUUUCUCUCAAAGAGAAAAUGGAAAAAAUCUGUGGAAAUCCUUCAGACAGACUGUCUUCUGUUCGUGUCUAUGAAUGGAUGCCAGUGGAAGCCUUAAAUACAUUGCUUAAACAACUAGAGAAAGAAAAAAGGAGUCUUGAAAAUCAAGUAAAAGACUCUGCACUGAGACUGGAACAAGAGUCAAAGGGUUACCACAAGACCAGCCGUGAGCACUGUACAUACCUUGCCGAAAGGUCUCAGGGUGGUGGUCUUCACCAGGUAAAUAAAAGGCAACAGAUGGAUCAACUGCCUAGAAUGAAAGAGAAUCUAGUGAAAACGGGAAGAUGUAAUUCAGUUAAUCAGAAGACAAUGAAUGCCAUGAAAGGACCAGUAAAAAAGAUUUCAAGAUCAAACCAUCUUCCAAAACUCAAUCUGUGAUUCCAGACUGUGUGGUUUACUAUUUCUUCCCUUUUUUCAUCUGUAAUCUUCAACUUCUGAA